AUGAAUUCGGAUAAUCAAACUACACAGGAUUAUUCAAGUUUACCAAUAGAUCAAACUGGAAAUAGCUUCGCAUCUUUACAAAUUCUUGAUAAUAGCAACGAUAGUAUUCAACCAUUUCAUCAUGACUCAAUUAACAAAGUAGGGAUAUCUAAUACGAAUCUAAUUAAUACAAUUAAUACUUCAACUUCAGCGCCUCAAAACGUUACAUAUGAAUUUUACUUUCCCUUACCUAACGAUACACGACCCCGAGCAAUACAUGAAAAAGUAAACAAUACGGAGUUUGCGACAAAAUAA